AAUGAACAAUAAUAUAUGUGAUUAUCAUCCUGAACAAAGAAUUACUAUUCUGUGUUUAUACAAUUAAUGUAAAGAGGAUCGUUUAGGUUGUUAGAAGUGUCUUCUAUCUUUACAUAAAUCACAUAUCAAAAGUUGUGUGUUAAUAUCAGAAAUCUAAAAGAAAUAACAUUGUGUUGAAUUAUUUGCAAAUAAUCAAAAUGAAUAAUAAAUUGUUAAGUUUUCAGAAGAUGAAUUAAUCCAUAAAGACAAACUCAAUUCAAUUUCAAAUCAAUUACAAUAAUCAUUAAAAAGUUGUUUAAAUAUAUAUCAAAUCUUUAGGAUAUCUUAAGCAAAUCAAAUUGAAUCUAUUAGAGUAGGAAUCCAAGUAAAAAACAAUUCAAAUGAAACAUAAUAAAGAAAUUCUUAAUUCAUACUUCAAUUCCUAUGAAUUUGAGAAAUUAAAAGAACAAUUAAACAAAUUCAAAACAGGUUAAUCAACUGAAGAAUAAGUAUUAUUAAUAUUUUUAUUAGAUAAAUGAUUUUAUAUCUCAAAUUAUUAAAGAUAGACAAAACUUAUAGAAUGUUUGUUAAAAUUAAUUAACUUAAGGAUCUAAAUAGAAUGGAUUGCCAUAAGAAUUCAAAGAUAUGGUAGUGACAGAAGUCUGUAAUUCAUUAGAAUCUAUAAAAAACUUUAUGAGAAAAGAUGAUUGUAAAUAGUAUAUAUAUAUUUUAUAGCCAUCUUUUUCUAUAAAUCUUAAUUAUCAUAAGAAGAAGAUGCCAAUAUUUAAGAGACAAUUAAAGGAAAAUAAUUUAUAUUUAAUGAUUAAGAUGAAGUACAACUCAUUUAUGGAUCAUGCACACUAUCAAAAGGAAUUUAUGAAUUUCAAAUUGCUAUUGAAUAUAUAUAAAAUGAGUAAUCAAAAUAAGAGGAAUAAUAAGAAGGAUUGGCAUCAAUUGUUAAUAAUUCCCCUUAAUUAUAUAAUCCUUAUUCUUAACAUACUAUUGGUGGUCAUAUUAGCAAUUCUGGAAUAUUUGCACAAUAAGAAUAUUAACAUUUACAUAGAGUUUAUAUAGGAGUUGUGGAAGAUUUGGUUAAGGAUUAAAUGGCCACUUAUUCAAUAAUGUAUUAAACAUAGUAAUGUUGUGCUGUUGAUAUUGUGAGAGGAGCAGCCAUUGGAUCAUUUCAUAUGAAACAAUAAUUAGGAGAGAAAAUUGAACCAAUCUAGACUUUGUUUCACAAAAAUAUGAAGAAAGGAUUAGUGUUGGCAUUUAAGAUUAAUUUAGAUGAAAAGUAUAAAUUUAAAAUUAUAGAAUAUAUUAGUAAACUGAUAUUAACAGAUAGUGAAAACAAAACAAGAUAUGAAGGACAAUUAUACAAUAUGACAGGAGACAAUAUAAAACCUUAUAUAUUAAUUUACAAGAGUAAUGUUAAAGUAACGAUUAAUUGAGUU